GCAAUACGCCACCAUGCACCAGCGUAUUCCACGGUUUUUCUUGUCGUCCCUAUUAAGCAAACAACGUGAUUUCACAGAAAUAAAACGUGGAUGGUUGUGUCUAAAUCAUCCUGAAAUCUUGAAAAGGCCGGUUCGCCUUUGAACGCGGAGUAGGUUGCCAUAAUAUGACGUUCUGUGUACGAUGAUUUUCCCAAGAGAGACCUAGUAUGUGUCGAAUUCGUGGAAGUGAUACAGCGACGUACUCCAGCAAAGGCCACAUUGUACAGUACUAAAUAGAAGCCCUAAUACCCAGUUCUGAUGCAUGCUCGUGGUCGUUUCGCGCCCUGCAGGGCGCAUGUGCGAUGCGCCUGUCUUCCGCGAGCGCUUUGCGAGAGCAUCACGGUGAAGUCCAUUGGUGGCCUGACGAGGCCAGUGGUGCUCGGACCGUCGGAGAGCACUGUGAAGCUUGACUCACUAGCGUUCUCAUUGACAGAAGAAAUGAGAAUGUGUUAUUUUCCUUUCCAAGGAUAAACGCGGCGAAGACUGCGUCAUCAACCUAUGCUUUCAUGAAGGAAAGUGGCGCGCUUACGGCGAGUUCUCCAAAAGUCUCAAGACCGCCUGCGUCACUCACCAUGCUUUGUAUCUCCAUGUUGAACUCCGGGGCGAUAGGACGUUGUCUUCAUUGGUAUUAUGGAUUGCAUUGUGUCUCUACUUGUUUCUUUCUUUUAAGGUUUAGUCCGUGAAGUGGUGGGGACAGUUUUAACGGCGGGUGAGAGACGCCUGAGUGACUGAUGUCUAGCUGGGGUGUCGCUUUGUCGCUCCUCAGCUCGGAAAACAAGUAGCCAUAACUCGUUGGCAAACCAGCGAAAAGGACUCGCGAAGAGUUGCUUUUGUCUGGUGCCGAAGGCCGGGCCACCAAAGUCACUCGGACGACGGUGUGCAUUCCUCAUGGGGAAAGUUUCAGCUGAGUCCGUGAAGGCCCGUUUGACAAAUCUAGCCGUUUCGUUUGUCGCCGCAAGCUGCGUCGUUCUAACGGUUUGUCUUUUUCUAGUCGAGCGCUCGCAUGCUAGACGCGUCCGACUCUCCAGCGCUUCUUCCUCUUCGUUGGAGUUUCAUUCCUUGGUCAACCGUCUACGGAACUUUGAGGAACGUGUCCCACAGGUUGCCAAGUAUGACGUCACUUCGGUAUUUCGAGAGGGCCUUCCGGCGCAGGAGGCGGAGGUCAGAAACGUUGAGUGGCCGCAAUUUUUUUUGAGGCAGCUGAGUUUUCAGCCACUUCAUCCAGCUGACGCCACGCAGCCAAGGGGUGGCGCUGAGAAUGUUGCUGCCGAAGGAAGGAUGCUGUCGGAUGAGGGCGCUUCUACGGAACCCGAAACACGGAAGAGAGGGGAAACAUCUCACGUCUACGGAGGCCUUCCGCACGGACGGCUCAACAAUGUUAUCGCGCAACUGAAUCGCGACGUGGUCGUUCCGAACAUCUCCAGUUUAGCCGAAACUGCCUCAACGAAGUCACAAGCAUCUGAACCAUAUGACGUGCAGUCAUCAACGGAUGAUUCAGAGGAAGACUCAUAUUCGGUCUCUUUGGCAAGUUCAUCUAUUGACUCAGGCACCAACCUUCCUCAGCUUUUAGACGCUUCAAGCGUCACUGCGUCUGCUCACGGGAACAGUCCGCUGGCAAACGACCGUCCAUCCGUUAGUCAGCACGAUGCCUUCCCCAAUGUGCCUCAACCAGUGAAUAACCUCAGCGAUGCACUGAAAAAUCCCGUCAAAACGGAACAGAUGCUCAACAAAUUCCUUUACCACCUCAGAGACGUGGCAACAGUUCAGGCUCAACAGAUAAGGUCAAAUGCAGGAGACCUCUCAAUGCAGGCCGACCACGUGCAGCUGGCAACGGGUCUGCAACAAUUCUGCACCCACUUGAAAAUCCGUGACCUCAGACCCCGUACGGAGAAGCAAUCGUGGUUGGGACGUACGUUUCAUAGACUGGGACGAGCUUUUGGUACCGUUAAAAGACGGCUUGUGGUUGUGAGAACGAAGAUCUCCAAGUGGCUGAGGUCCCACAAGAAGAACAACGAAAAGAAGAAGGCGCCCAAGGUGUACAGUGCUUUGAAGCGUAUGGCAUCUCGAGCCUGGGCUCACACAAAAAUGGUUGGAAAAAGAGUGAUCGCGCAAAUAAUGAGAAUGCUACCGUUGUUUUUCUUUUUACUCAACACGGUUGUUCUGGGCUUUUCCAUCUCAAGCGUGGUUGUCGCCCCGAACCCAUUCAGCAUAAUAGCUGUCGUUUGUGCAGUCAGCAACAUAUUGUCGUACGCAUUUUCUGAGGGCACCAGAAUCCGAGGAGUGGAGCUGACACGAUCUAUUGCGUCCCAGUCUGAGUUUCAUCAGAUUGAGCUCUUCGGUUUCGUAUGGGCUGAUUUAAAGGCAGAACAAGAUGUCGCGGAUCUCUCACAGAUUCCAGGAGGAGAAUCGGAGGGUUCGGAGAAGGAAACAGAACGCAGUGAUUCGAAUGUGGAAGCAAUCAAGCUGUCUCAGGAUAUCGACAGAGACGACAGUGUUCCUGAAGAAGGGUUAAAAGCUUCCCCGGCGUCCCAGACUCUUGAGGCAGUCAGAAGAAAGAUGUACGAGAACCUGAAAUGCAACAGUGAGCAAAAACUUCGACAAAAACUCAAGAGUGACAUCAAGGAAGCCUGGAGAACUCAGAGAUGGAAACGAUUGAACGUGAUUAUUUUUGCCUCUCUGCGCCUGCUGCUCGAGUACGCCAGUCUGGGAGUGAAGAGCUUUUUGGAGCUGUUUGGGUCUGCAUGGCUUUGGGUACUGGAUCACACUCUACGGAAAUCAGUGCGGCAACUCCGGAUGUUCAAGCUGUUUGGCAAGGUGUCCGUUUUCGGCGAAAAACUAUUUUACUUUAUGCAAUGGUGGAUGAUGAAAGCCCGUUACUAUGUGGAAUACGCAGAUACAAUUCGGGAUCUGGUGAUCUUCAUAGUCGAGAACACUUCGAAGAUAAGCUUGCUGCUCCACGGUGGUUUGUCCUUAGUGGGCGGUACAGGGGGGUUGAUUUUCCUCUGCGUAUUCUUGUGGAAGCUAUCUAAGCCCGCUUGGAAGUUGUAUCUCACAGACACGGCCCUGAAGACGUCAUCGAUCCACGAGAAAGCGGCAAAGGAAUUCAUGCUGUGUCAAAAAGACUACCAUAACUUCCUCCUUGGCACAAGAGCGAUCAUCGGUGACGAAAACCAUAGACCCGCGAUCGAACUUUACUUACCACAACAACAGGCAACGGAGCUCAUUUUCCUGAUGGCUUACCUAGAACGGUACAAAUUUCCUCAAGCGACGCAUCGAGUGGGUUUGCUGGAGGGAAGUAAUCCUAUGCAACAAUAUGUAGCCUACCAACGGGUGACACGACUACGGGAUCUGAUGUCGAGGAUACCGCCAGAGUCCCGUGGAGUGCUUAUGAGCCUCUUUUCGGAGCUCAAACGAUGGGACAUGGCCAGAACAGCCGACUCCUUGCACAGCCUAAUUAUGAACAAUCUUCAACACUGCGCGAUUCUCUAUGGGAGAAGAGAUCUUGCAAUGUUGAUAAACAAAGCAAUCACCAGGUAUCAAGCAGAUGACCUGAACAAAUUCCCCGGAGGCUGGGUCCGCUUCAAAUCUUCCGAGCAACGGUCCCUUUCCAGAACACUUUCUUUCCUUGUCUCAAAUGACCCGAUAGUUCUGAACAGUCCGCCGAUUCUCCAGCGUCGAAUUCAGGCGUAUCUUACGUCCUCCCAACGCUCACAAAUGAACUCCUACCAGUUGAACUGGCUCGCUGAUACAGUCAUAAGUUGCGCCUAUCAAAUCAUUGACAAGGAACUGUUAUUCACGUUGGACGGCAACAACGACUACUCUUUAGAUAGAGCGACAAUUCGUAUUAAUAAUUUCCCGUUUUUUGGCCACAGUGACUCGCGUGCCCUGAAGCAGCAGCUGAAAACGUUUUUCACCUUCUUCCCUGUUAGUGUGCGGAGUCGACCUCGUCGUCGACACACCGGCCGUCGAAUACCCUCGGUGAACGCGCAUCUCACUGUACCUUCUGCCGAGAUGAACCUCCUCGGAAGAAGUAGGCGGUCGCGGAGUGACAGCAACCUUCCUGCACUCCAGAUGGAAAAGAGAACUAAUUGCCCAGUCCAGGAACCGGCAGUAGAGAUCGACACCACUAUGAGGUACAUCAAGUUGCGUUUCUUAACCAGCACGACCUCCGCAGCUCCACCGGUCGCUCAUCAGUCACCCGAGGAAGAGGGUUCACUCGAGGCUCAAAGUGAACGAGCUGAGGCUGACAGGUUGUGCGCGGAAAUGGCGGCACGAUCCGUCGUCCACGAGCAGGGGUCGCUCAGGUUCAAGAGGGAUGUCCGCAGAACCCUUUUCGGCCUUCCUGACGCAGUGUGCGCCCCGAUGAAUUUUCCCGGAUUUGUAGCACUAUCUCGACUCACCGACGAAUUCGUCAACGGAGGAGUGACGGACGAGCAGUUUCCUGAAGCGCUCUCCGCAGGUCUAGACAUUUUGGUCAAUGAGCACAGUUCGCUGGUGCUGGCUUUUGCCAGAAUGCAUCAAGAGAAUGAGAAACUGGCCAAAAAGGCGAACGCGGAGAUGCACAGGCGCGACAACAGUGGGUUCAACAUGGAUAAGAAAGAUUCUGACCAUACCUCGAAAGCAACUGCCCCGCUCCUUGUGCAUACCUCCCCAUCAGUGUCAACGAAAAGAGAAAGAGCGCGAGUAACCGUCAGUUCAGCGGUUGAAACAGAUGUGCCACCGGAGUUAAUUCAGGAUGCUGGCGAUGGUAGAAAGAGCAAACAGGGGACAUUCGAUUCAUCGCAUAAAAAAAGGCGAUCUACACACGGAAAAGCUCCUGUCACGGAUGUGGAAACAGCUUCAGCGUUUGACCUCAAGGAGGUUCAGCAAUUCAGCCAACACAUAUCAAGCCUUCCGCAGCUGACAAGAUUAACCCGAAUAGUCAGGGAGGAAGCAUUCAAGCACGUCGUGCUGCAGUACGUGGAAGAACUCCUGCCCUUCUCCUUGACCAGCGUCGGGUUCAACAGAGAGGCGAUGCAUCACUUCACGGUCAUUCUGGGGAUCAUUCAAACCGCCUUCCGCUACCAGCCCUGGCGACUUGUCGAGUACAUACGAGACCGGCUCCUCAGCGUCCAUUUACGAGGACAGAUGAACGAUGCAGCAGACGUCGAGGAGACGACGCAAGAAACCCAGAGUACUGAAAGUCAGGCGACAGGAGAUAGAAUACGGGCGGCAGCUGAAGCCUCGGAAAAACGACAGGCACGCGCUGCUAUUUUGGAUAUCGUUCUUCAGCUCUUCUCCGAAAGCCUGGCCCGGAAGAUCCACGGCACCUUGGAGCGUGAAGGAAGUGGAACCAAGCCGUCCUUUCACCACCGUGUACCACUUGCUUUUUCCACGUGGCACUCCGGGUCCUUCGAGAAAGUUUACUUUUUUGGCAAGAUAGGAAACUUCGUGCAAGGGCAGACGUUCAACCAAAUAAAAGAGAUAGUCACGGUCGAAUUUCAACGCUGUCUCGAGGCAGUAGACGUGGCAAUCGACAGACUAGAGCGCAAUAAAGGGAGGACGUCGAGAGGCCGACGAUCUCGUGCCCCAGAACUUUUGAUACAACUGUUCGACUCGGACAGCGAAGAGGAAUUUGAGAGGAAAAGCGAGGCCAUCCGCAGCAUGCAAGGACGGGUACAAGAGGAACUCGAGAACUUUUUAGUCCUGAGAAUAGGAGCCGAUGAGGAAGAAGCCGCGAAAUCACAACGUAUGAUUAUCAGGACCGACCAGACUGAAGGCAGACCGAUGAUCGACGAACCUGUUUUUGACAAAAAUGAGGUCAUCACGUUUUUUAAAGAAGGCCGGAAGCUUGUGGGAGAUAUACUACAAACGAAUACUGACCGAAUGGUCAGAGCGCUUCGAUGGGGGUACUGGAAGGAAGACCACUUCGGCUGUUUGGAUCUGUCACUGAAGGGAACAAAUCAGCUUGCCGUGUACUUGACGGAGGCAUUCAAGUUGCUUCUGGCCGCAAAAACGCCGAAGAUCACGAAAUUUUGGACUCGCGUGCGAAAGAGGUUCGGCAGGAUUCCUCGGCAGGAGGAUGUGAGCGCAUCGCGAUUAGCGGAAGGCCUCAUAUCCCGCCUUCGUGUUUUGCAUCAGAGUGGCCUCGAUGGGACAUACGGUUCCAUUGAUCUUCGGUACAGCUACAAGACAGUCAAUUCAGAAGCGUGGUUCUCUGCAGAAUUGCAGUCUGAACAGCGGCCCGGACCGGCAAGAACGCUUUCCACUGCCGCCUUUCAUUCGCUUCCAGCCGGGUCGACUGACGACGACGAGGCCGCUGCUGCUGUCACGGCACCUUCCCGAAAGCCAAACGACGAAUCUCCAAUCGUCAUAAGCUGAAACGACAGAGCCAUUCUGCGUUCGAGGAGCCAGUGUGGUUCGACGCUUUCCGCAACCUGCGACGAUUGCUUGGUAGGCGAUACUUUUGGGCGAAUAAGGUCGUUUUCCAAGAUUGGAACUUAUCCAACGUACUGCUUCUAACUUUGAGCCUCGGCAAAAUGGAAACGUUGCGGCCUCGUCUCAAUUGCUGCCGUACCAGGCACACGGCUACGAGCGAUCUGAUUGUCUAAAACGAGAAGCGUGACUUGACGAACCAGUCUCUUGCAGUUGUCAAACAUCAACUUUUUAAGCCUCUACGGUGGAGACUCUGUCGUAGCUGGACGUAAUUCCAAAUAUAUUUUGCAAGAGAACCGCGCGAGCUUUGUCUAACGAAAUUUCGCCGCUCGCCAGUUGAACUGCACGCACAAGUGUGCACGGAGACUACAAAGUAUUGACGUGACACUGCGCGUAACUCUUGAAUACCGUCAGCCCGUCAUUUCUGUGCCAGAGGCUCCCGAACGCCGCUUUAAAAACGUUUCUCUACACUCAACAACACGCACGGGAGCGCUGUGUCCUUUCGAAGAAGUCGCGUGGGUGCUACGUUUCGACAGCAUUCUGUGUCGUUCUACGAGUUGAUGAGAAUCGAGUCGAGGCCACCAGUGAAAUGUUAAUGAAUAUAUGGAUUUGGGGAUAUGAGAAAUCGACUUUCAUACCUGUUCCUUGCUGACAAAUGAACCAGAUCCCGUCUGUUUCGUGGGCUAUCGUCUCAGAGCCGAAACGUACUGAAAAUGUUUCCCCCCAAGGUUUCUUGUAACAGCCCGAGUGGAUUUCAUAAUUGCGACACUGCAUCCUCCCGUGCUGGUAAUCAAGAACAAAGCUCUC